CGGGCACCGAAUUCCUGUGUCGGAAAUAAUUUAGCCACCAUUUUGUUAAAGUGAACUAGAACAGUAGAGGAAAACAAAGGAAUAAUUGAUAACCCUUUAUUGACAACGCUGAACGCGACUGCAUACAGCAUCAGGGGAUUAUUUAGAAAAAUGAAUACAUAAUUAGAAAUGGCUAUAACAUGAUAAUCUUUGGAAAUUUUCUGUUUAAUUUUCAUUAGUGUUGUGAUAAAUGGAGGGAAAACGAGGGGUGUGUGUCGUGAAAUACUUGAUUCCCUUCCUCUGAUACGUUGGUGGGCACAAAGGAGACUGUCACAGAGAUGGAGCUUUACAUAGAAACAUUGACUGGUACAUUCUUCGAGCUUAGAGUGUCGCCUUUUGAGACGAUAAUGUCUGUGAAGGCAAAAAUUCAAAGGCUCGAAGGAAUACCAAUAGCUCAACAACAUCUGAUAUGGCAGUCUAUGGAGUUAGAGGAUGACUACUGUCUACAUGACUAUAGUAUCCAUGAUGGAGCCACACUUAAACUAGUCUUAGCAAUGAGGGGAGGACCCAUCAACACAAGGAGAAUUCCCAUGGAAGAUCCAACACUCAGGGAAAUGGCUGAAUAUGUGGAAGCUAACAGAGAUGAAAUAUGGGAGAAGGUACCAGGAAACAGACAGGUUACUUUACUUGUGUUCAGAGAGGGUGACCAGUUGAACUUUUUCCGUGUAGUUGAUAGAGGAGAUGGAACACUCACUCCGUUGUCCGAGUCUCUCAGUGGUGCCUCCAUGUACAACUUCAAUGAUGAAGAAGAAGAUGAUGACACCCCUCCAAAAGAAAAGGUGGAAGAAAACGAACAACUAAAAGAAAAAAUGAAAACUCUUCGAGGAAAAAUGGAAAAAUUAACUCUUAAAAAGCCUAGAAAAAAGCCCCGCCCACCUUCUACAGGUCACUCAACUAGGUUAAGACACGUUCCAGGUUCUGGGCGUGGUCUUGGACAUUUAAAUAGAAAUAUGUGCCUCCCUCCAGUUGGUCAUACACGCCAUUCUCCUCUUACUCUGGAUGAUAGGACUAAUAUAGCAGAACCUUUGUCUUUAUCUUCUUUCGGUGAACAAAGUCGAAGUGCCAAAUCAUCAAGAAGUGGUAAAUUAGUGGAUAAUACUGAGUGUCUGAGUAGACUAAGCCAUACAUUAGCUAGUGUGAAAGAAAAUUCUAGUGUAAAGGAAGCUAUUACAGAUAUCAAAGAUAAAGAAAGACAGUUUAAAACUGCUGCUUUGCCUGAGAAAACUGUUGAUAAAAUUUUGUCAAAACCAGAAGAAAAUAUAUCAAAAUCAGACUCGGAGAAGUCUUUAAGUGAAACAAAAACUGAUGAAACACUGCCAACCACAAGUUCUCCUUGUAAAAAGGAUUCUGUGCUCUCUGCAAGUUCUCUUUCCAAAAAAGAUUCUGGGCUCUCUGUAAAUUCUCUCGGCAAAAAGGAAUCUGUGCCUACUUCAAGUUCUAGUAUUAAAAAGGAUUCUGGAAGUGAUAAUUCAAAGGACACUAACAAACCUAGCACAUCUAAAGCAAAACAACUUCUCAAAAAUGAUCUAACAAUAGAAAACUUAAAAGAAGUGUUAGGUAGACCAAAUACUUCUUCUAGAGAUUUAAUGUUAGAAAGUUUACAAGAGACCUUUGGAAGGCCCACAACGUCUUCCAGAUACAAAGGACUAGAAAGGAGAAAGGAAUUUACAUUAGAAAGUUUAAGCACAAGUGAAGCAAGAGCAAUGUCAGGACUCUUAAGGCAAGCUUCUCUUGAAAAAAUUGGUUCUUCACGUAUAGGUAAUUUUACUGGUAGUAAAUCACGUUUGGGUAACUACAAUAUAGGAUCGACUGUUCAGGAUGGCAGAAUAACAACUCCAGAAGGAAGACUUGUGUCAGCAAGAUUACAGCGUGUAGCUAGUAGUCGAGAUGGUCGUUUAAUGUCUCCGUCCCACCGACUUCCUCCUGUCAAAUCUAAAAAGAAAGCUUCUAAAAGAUGCUUUGUCUGUGGUAAAAAGACUGGUUUAGCAACAAGUUAUAUUUGCAGGUGUGGUAAUAAUUUUUGUGCUACUCAUCGUUAUGCAGAAUCUCAUGAAUGUACCUUUGAUUAUAAAACAGAAGGAAGAAAGUUACUAGAGCAGAGUAAUCCAGUAGUUAGUGCUCCUAAAUUACCCAAAAUUUAACUCAGGAUUGAUAUUAGCUCUUCAUUUUAUAAACAGUGCUUAACCACAAAACCAUAUCGUGGCAUAUGGAUUAGUUGUUGAAAUAUUUUGUUUUUGGAGUGAUUAAAGUGUUGUUGUUCAGGACUGUGAUAGAAUAAAUACUGUAGUUCAGUCUUUCAUUUUCAUCUCUUAAAAAGGGAAACAUUUUAUCUGACAAAUCAUUAUUUUAUUCAAUAUUGAUUUUUUUUGUUUAAUGAAAACUUAAUUGUUUUAACCUUAUUUGUUUUAAAAAUAUAAUUUUUUUGCUUUGCUUUAUGAAUUUUUAUAAUUGUUGAAUAAGUUUUAGACUUAGAAAAAGACUAUUAUUUUUAAAGUAAAAUCUUAUUUUAUUUACAAGGUGAUAAUACAAGUAACUAUUUGUAUGUUAUGUUAUGUGAUAGAAUUGUAUAACCUCAUAAAAUUUCAGGAGUUAAUGAACAGUUUUGUUAGAGAAUGAAAACCUCUUUAAAAAUUCAAAUCUUGCCUAUUUUCUUGGUUUCAAAACUUUAGCCAUUUUAGUGUUUAACUGCCUGAAGAAUGAAAUAAUAAGUUUAUAUUACAAAAAAUGUAUAUGUUUUACAAGCAGUAUGUACAUUUAUAAGGAGAUUUUUAACUUUACAACUUUUGUUUUCUGUAUUUAAAAAUACAGUUAUUGUUUAAUUGAAUUUUCAAGAUAAUUUUGAUCAGUUAUUUGACUUUUUCAGUAAUUUAGGUUAGAAAAUGCUGAAUUUGAUAAUAAUUGGCAGAUAAUGACAAUUUGUGAUGGGUGUGUUCAUUUAUACAUGUAGAUUGGAAAGGAUAUAAUGAGAUUAUUUUACUCUAGCCAAAAUCUUUGCUGAUCAUGGUUCAAUUCUAUUCAUUCUUUAACAUAAUGACACAAGCAAACUUACAUGUGUAUGAUGGAUGGGCAGGUCAAAAAUGAAGUGGUAUAUCAAAAUAAUUCUUUUUUAAUUAAGAGAGUUGUUUGAAAAAGAAAUAUUUCUUGUUUGAAAUUCACAGAUUUUAUAUAAAAUACAAGAAAUAAAAUGGAUUUCAACGAUUAAAGAAAAUUUAGGUACAGUAGAUUUAUUGUGUUUGGUCAAAUUAGUUGGGUUAAAAAAUAGGGGUACAUGAUUAUGUUUUGGAAUGUACAUACUGCUGCUGAAUUAUAUAGCAAUAUAUAUUCUUAAAACAUAAUUCACCAGAAAUACUAAAUAUUUAAAAAAAACAUUUCUAGCAUUGCAAAUACUCUAAAAAAAAUACUUACAAAAACAUAUAUGAUGAUAGCUUUCAUUUGAAUUUAUUUUGAAUGUUAUAUUGUGUUGCUCUGAAGGCAGGCUAUCUUCAAACAUUCCAAUAUACAUGUCUAACCAUAUUUUAUUGAGUCUAGAUUUAUUGUCCAUUACUAUGUUUCUUUCGUAUUCCUGUUAUAUAUAAGGGUAGCUUUAAUGAAAUUAGACUAUUUUGUGGUGCAAAUAUUAACAUUUUCAUGUUUAUAACAAAUGGCAAACCUAAACAUUUUCUGUGAUCAAACUUGUUUACAUUUUUGUUGCACUUAAGUUGUUUUUUUGUUUUUUCUGAAUAAUUUUUCAGUUUUGUGAAUUUUUCCUCGAAUUAGAAUAUUUCAUGUAUUUUAAUAGCAAUGCUUUGAAUAAAUAUACACAAUUUUUAUAGAUGAUAACAAGAACCUUGGGUAUGUUAUUUAUUUAUCAUAAAUGGAUAUAGAAUAUUUAAGCCAUAUCUUAUAUAUGGAAUUUCAAAAAUGAAUAUUAUUAUCUUGAGAUCGUAAAAUAUAAUUUUUCAUUUUUGUAAUCCCAAUGGUGCUAUAUCAAAGUGAUCUACUUAUUUUUUGAUUUGAGGAAUAAUUUGUUGAUAUAUUAAUAGGUAGCUGAUGUGUUCCUAUGUUAGGGGCUGUUCUGUAUGCUAGUAUGACAUGAUUGGAUGGCUGUGAGAUUUUGUUGUUUUAGUUGUGUAUGUCUGUUGUUACUGUUAUGACCACAUUAAUCAUGUUCAGACAACUGUUUAAGUUAGAUGCUACAAAAUCAUGCUAUAAAUAAUUUCACAACUUUUAUUGACAAAUUUGGCUACAGGAUACUUUAAAAUUACAAUUGAGCAGUGUACAAAUAUUUUUAUUGAUUUAUAAUCUGUUUGUUUGAAUGCUCUUCUUGAUCUAAAAUAUUUUAAGAUCAUAAAUUUGUUAUUGGUCAAAGGGAAAUAACUCAUGCAACUUAAAAACAUGAGAAAAUUUAUAAAAAUAUUUUUUAAUUAUAAUAAAAUCAUUUGUUAGCCGUAUUUUGUAGCAUCCUAACCAUUACAACAGUAAAUUAUACUCUCUCUCAUUGUGAGUUAAUAAUGCAGUGAUUGUAAAUUGUGCACUGAUAACUGAGUGUGAUUCAAUAAAUUCUUUAAUUUGUA